GGAAGAAAGCCGUCACGCCAGACGGCAAUAAGGUUUGCACGCAGACUCGACGUGGACGGCACUUCACUCCACGAAGGACUCUCCCUUCGAUCAUAUUCACGGCAGGCCAUGAAAUUAGCAUGGCAAUUAAUCCCGACAAGAGUCCCAAUCCAGGCGGAAAUCAAUUUGAACAUGUCAAGGAACCCAUGUCCGUCUUGCUCCUCACUUGUCCCGUUUCGGUGACCGUUGGACACCCCCUUAAACCUUCUUUGCACCUGGCAAUGUCCUCAUCUGACAGACGUCGGGGGGUGUGAUGGCUGUUUCAGCCGAUCAGCCCCAUGGAUUGAGGGGGAUCGGUGUUCAUGUGAACCAGGUCUGUUGAAUGGGGUUCUUUUCUUUCUUCCAUCACCCUCCAUCAGUCAUUUCAUGUAGCUAUUUGAGUGGCCGGCACAAUGGGCAAUAGCGCCUCGAAGAAGGCCCACAAGGCGGAGCUCGCAAGGGUCGAGGAGAGCUACAAAGACACCACGGCCGCGCUCGCCAAUCGGGACCAAGAGCUGGCGCAAUCGCACAAAGGCCUCGAAGUCAGCAAAGCGCAGGAGCAGCGGCUUGCCAACGAGGCCGAGACGCUUCGCGAGAAGUAUGCGGAACUGGAACGGCUGUCUGCUGCGUUGGAGCUGGAGAGGGAGAAGCAUGUUGCUCAGUUGCAGGCGGAAUUGAAGGCAAAGAAUGACGAAGCCGAGGCGAGGCGGAGAGUGGUUGAGGCGAGGACGCGCGAGAGGGAUGAGGCAAAGGUGCGGGCAGCACAGCUGGAGGAACAAAUGCGGAAGGCGGAGCGGGAGAGCCAUACGAAGGAGGUGGAGCUGCAACGACACCGGGCAGAGUUUGACACGGUGGCGAACGGGAAAGAGCAAGAGCUUCAGCGGUUGAAGAUGGACAUGGGCUCCCUGGCCGAGAAGGCGCGGGUGGCGGAGAUGGAGCGUGACGAGCUGAGUGCUAGGUUCGAAGCAGCCAGAGCAACUGCCGAAAAGGAACUAGCAGCCGCACGUGAGGUCGCCACUCACGACCUGGUAACGAGCAGGGCCAACGCAGCCGCCGAGCUCGCCACAACGAAGGCCUCCAUGAGUGACUCGGCGAAGAGUAUGGCCUCGGUCUCGCUGGAGCUGGCGGAGACGAAGUCCGCCCUCACCUCCGCGAGGAUUAGACUCGAUGCGCUGCAGAAGACGCAUAACGCGAGCGUGACACGCGGCGCGGCGUCGCAUGAAGCUUUCACGGCGCUGAAGCAGGAGCUGGCGGACACGCAGCAGAAGUACCUCGCAUUGAACACCGAGCACACCAAGCUGAGGGGCAAUCGAGAGGUGCUUGAUGCGGAAGUUGCCGUGCUGAGGCAGAGACUGCUUAGCAUGGAGACGAGAAAGGGGGUAAUGGACUUGUCGAUGCAGGAAGUCGGAUUUGCUGGUCGUGAUGGGAAUGAGGGUACUGCGUUGAUGGCGGCUUGAUAUUGGAUUUUUCAUCUUUUUCCCCGGUUAGCGACCUCUUUGCGUACAUCUGGGCGACUAUUUCAUCUGUACAUAUCUCACCACACUCUUUGGGCAGGUUGCGGAGCACAUUACCAAAUGGCGGAGGAGGAUGUGGAAUACGCCGUUGCCAAUCAGGCUGUUGGUUACC